AUGGCCGAGGCAACGGCAGAUGUCUCUCCUCUCCCUAAUACUGUUUCUGAGUCAAAGCCCACCGCAGAGCCACAACAAGAGCCAGCGCCCCAGCCGCAGGUAUUGGAGCCGUCACUUUCGGAGCCUGCUAUUAACGGCGAUAUACAACACGUGAAUGUCGCGGAAAGCGAUGAAGGACAGUCUGUCUCAAAACCUGACGUCGAACAGGCACUCAAAAGUGAACCCGACCCGCAAGAAGUCGAACGCACAAAGAAACGACAAAGCAUCCUCACGCGAACAUUAUGGACGUUCAUUAUGAUCGGAGGUUUCGUUGCUUUGCUACUUAUGGGUCAUGUUUAUAUGAUCAUGCUUGCCAUGCUGUGUCAAACGAUUGUCUACCGCGAAGUUACUGCUCUGUUCUCACUCAAAAGUCAUGCUCCGGAAUCUGGCGAGGUAGAAAAUAAGGGAAAGAAAGAUCCAUGGAGCAAGACUCUAAAUUGGUACUUCUUUGCCGUCACUAACUAUUUUCUAUACGGGGAGAGUAUCAUCUACUACUUCAAGCAUGUUAUAUUUUCGGACGGUCAACUACUUCCUUUCGCUACCAAUCACAGAAUUAUCAGCUUUACGCUUUAUACCAUCGGCUUCGUUGGUUUCGUCAUGUCUCUUAGACGUGGAUUCCUCAAGCAGCAAUUCGGCCUCUUCUGCUGGGUUCACAUGAGUCUGCUACUGAUCGUUGUCUCUGGUCACUUCAUCGUUAAUAAUAUCCUCGAGGGCAUGAUUUGGUUCUGGGUCCCCGCCUCGUUGGUUAUUUGCAAUGAUAUCUUUGCAUAUGUGUGGGGCAUGUCCGUGGGGCGCACACCCUUGAUCAAGCUCUCGCCGAAGAAAACUGUCGAAGGGUUUGUGGGUGCCUUCUGGAGUACCCUCCUGUUCAGUGUGUUCUGGGGCUCGUACUUCAUGCGCUUCAACUACAUGAUUUGCCCUGUGCAUGAUCUUGGAGUCUCCGCCUGGAGUAAUGUCCAGUGCACGCCCAACCCUGUGUUUGUCUGGAAGGUCUGGCAAAUUUGGUCGCCUCUCGCGGCAUUUCUUUCGCGGCUCCUCGGAAAAUCAGUGACCGUGAUUCCCUAUGCACCAUACCAACUGCAUCUCCUGGUCUUUGCAGUUUUCGCAUCACUGGUGGCACCGUUUGGAGGUUUCUUCGCAUCUGGUUUCAAGCGCGCCUUCAACAUAAAGGAUUUUGGCCACAGCAUCCCUGGUCAUGGAGGCAUGACCGAUCGCAUGGACUGCCAAUUCCUCAUGGGCGUCUUUACCUACGUCUAUUAUAGUAGUCUCAUUCGAGAACACCACGUCAGCGUGGGUUCUAUCUUGCAGAUGAUCGUUAGCGGGCUUACCGUUAACGAGCAGUUGGAGUUGAUGAAGGACCUCAGGAAGUACAUGCAAGGUCAAGGUAUCACGAUAGUAUGA